AAUUAAAAAUUUAUUUUGUUAAGUAUUGAUAUCUAAAUGCACUCUUUCUAAAAUUAUUGUCCUUUUAGUUUUUAAUUUCUUACACAAUUUUGGUUUUCGUUCCUUCUUCCAAGUAUUUCAUGGUAUACGGUGGUGUUCCUUUUCCGACGUCUAAACGUUCUUCAGUUCAUCUCCCAACAGCUUCGCCCAACUCACAUGGAACCUCCGGCCAAAUCGUCCACUUGCCACCUGCUGGCUCUACCCUAUCCUGGAAGAGACGGUAAACCAGCCAACGUCCGUUUCUGCACGCUUCCCAACGUAAUCCCAUCCGAGCUUGCUCGAGCCAAGGACUUUCCCUCUUUCUUGGAAGCAGUGUUUACCAAGAUGGAAGAGCCGUUUGAGCAGCUCCUUGAUCUGCUCCAGUUACCAGUCACCAUCUUACUAGCUGAUACUUACAUGGAUUGGGCUGUUCGAGUGGGGAAUCGGAGGAAUUUUCCGGUGGCUUCACUUUGGACUAUGUCGGCGUCGGCGCUGUCCGUUCUUCAUCACUUCUAUCUUCUCGUGAAGAAUCAGCAUUUUCCGGUUAAUCUAUCAGGUACCAAAUAGCGUUUUAUUAGGACAAAUUAAGAUGCCCCUUAUUUCUGUUUGUCUUGGGUUAGUUUGCUAACUAUCUGUGAAAACGCCUGAAUGAAAGAUUAGAGCUAAU